AGUCGACUGUCUCUACAAAACCCUCAGCACAUCUGGCCUGGUUUCUCCCAGCCUACAUGUCACAGCAGCGUGUCUUUAUUUCUUCUGCAGGUGUGCGCGGAUAUGCCCCGGGUGUCGUGCUCACAGAUCGUGGUCGCUGGGAUAAACGUGGAUGUAUUGACCGACAGCGGAUAGUAUGCCUGCACAGUUGGCACGGCUCACGCGAUGUGGCACAACAUGGCACGCGUAAAGAUGGGUCUCUUCGCUCUCCUGUGUCUCCACGCGUUUUUCUUCCGCGUCCUCGUGCUCUCCCACAGCAGCAGCAUCUAUGAGCGGUCGGCGGUCCCUCGCGCCGUGUCCCGCUCCGUGGCUCGCAUGGACGGAGACGUGAUCAUCGGCGCGCUCUUCUCCGUCCACCACCAGCCGUCCGCGGAGAAAGUGGCAGAGCGGAAGUGCGGGGACGUCCGUGAGCAGUACGGCAUCCAAAGGGUGGAGGCCAUGUUCCACACGUUGGACCGGAUCAACGCCGACCCUAACCUGCUCCCCAACAUCAGCCUGGGCUGUGAGAUCCGGGACUCCUGCUGGCACUCCUCUGUGGCCCUGGAGCAGAGCAUAGAGUUCAUCCGGGACUCUCUCAUCUCCAUCCGGGAUGAUAAGGACGGGUCCAAAUGGUGCAUUGACGGCACCCCGUCCCACCAGCCUCCACCCUCCAAGAAGCCCAUCGCCGGAGUGAUCGGACCGGGAUCCAGCUCUGUGGCCAUUCAGGUGCAGAACCUCCUGCAGCUCUUCAACAUCCCGCAGAUCGCCUACUCUGCCACCAGCAUCGACCUGAGUGACAAGACUCUGUUCAAGUACUUCCUGAGGGUCGUGCCCUCAGACACCCUCCAGGCCCGGGCCAUAUUGGACAUUGUCAAGCGGUACAACUGGACCUAUGUGUCUGCAGUGCACACUGAGGGAAACUAUGGGGAGAGUGGCAUGGAGGCUUUCAAGGAGCUGGCCUCCCAGGAAGGCUUAUGCAUUGCCCACUCGGACAAGAUCUACAGUAACGCGGGGGAGAAGCACUACGAUCGCCUUUUGAGGAAACUACGCGAACGUCUUCCCAAAGCUCGCGUAGUGGUGUGUUUCUGCGAGGGCAUGACUGUCCGAGGUCUCCUGAUGGCCAUGAGGAGACUGGGCGUGUUUGGGGAGUUUCUACUCAUUGGCAGUGAUGGAUGGGCAGACCGUUAUGAGGUUGUGGAGGGUUAUGAGCAGGAAGCAGAGGGAGGAAUCACCAUGAAGCUGCAAUCAGAGGUGGUCAAGACUUUUGAUGACUACUACCUGAAGCUGCGUCUGGACUCCAACACCAGGAACCCCUGGUUCUCUGAGUUCUGGCAAUACCGUUUCCAGUGCCGCCUGCCAGGCCACCCACAGGAGAACAAGAACUACAAGAAAAUCUGCUCUGGAAAUGAGAGUCUGCAUGAAAACUAUGUUCAGGAUAGUAAAAUGGGCUUUGUCAUCAAUGCCAUCUAUGCCAUGGCUCAUGGCCUCCAUGAUAUGCACAAAGAGGUGUGCCCAGGGCAGACGGGGCUCUGUGAGGCCAUGGACCCUAUCGAUGGCAGCAAGCUGCUGGACUACCUACUAAAGACGUCUUUCAAAGGAGUCUCAGGAGAGGAUAUUUAUUUUGAUCAAAACGGAGACACCCCAGGAAGGGAGAUGGCAAUGUCGGUGAUUAGGAAGGGCGAGGUGAGCUGCUGUUGGAUCUGCACCACAUGCAAGGACAACGAGUACGUCCAGGAUGAGUUCACCUGCAAGGCAUGUGAACUGGGAUGGUGGCCUGAUGAUGAUCUGGCAGUUUGCCAGCCCUUGCCUCUGAAGUAUCUGGACUGGGCGGAUGUGGAAUCCGUAGUGGCAGUGGCUUUCUCCUGCGUGGGCAUCCUGAUCACCUCCUUUGUCACCUUUGUGUUCAUCCAGUACCGUGAUACACCUGUGGUUAAGUCCUCAAGCAGAGAACUUUGCUAUAUCAUCUUGGCAGGCAUCUUCCUGGGCUACAUCUGUCCAUUCACCUUAAUCGCUCGUCCUACAGUGGUCUCCUGUUACUUGCAGCGGCUCCUGGUAGGCCUGUCAUCUGCUAUGUGCUACUCCGCCCUAGUGACCAAAACUAACCGCAUUGCCCGCAUUCUGGCAGGCAGCAAGAAGAAGAUCUGCACCAGGAAGCCCCGUUUUAUGAGCGCCUGGGCCCAGGUGUUCAUUUCCUUUGUGCUGAUCAGUGUGCAGCUAACUCUGGAGAUCACACUCAUCAUUCUGGAGCCUCCUGAGCCCAUCAAGUCAUACCCGAGCAUAAGUGAGGUCUACCUCAUCUGUAACACCAGCAACGUAGGCAUGGUGGCGCCCCUGGGCUACAACGGCCUGCUAAUUAUGAGCUGCACCUACUAUGCCUUCAAGACGCGGAACGUCCCAGCCAAUUUUAAUGAGGCUAAAUAUAUUGCCUUUACAAUGUACACAACCUGCAUCAUCUGGUUGGCCUUUGUGCCCAUCUAUUUCGGCUCAAACUACAAGAUCAUAACCACAUCCUUCUCUGUCAGCCUGAGUGUAACAGUGGCACUGGGGUGCAUGUUCACGCCUAAGAUGUACAUUAUCAUUGCCAAACCAGAGAGGAACGUCCGAAGCGCCUUCACCACGUCCGAUGUGGUGCGAAUGCACGUUGGAGAUGGGAAAAAUGCCCAGUGCGGGAGCAGCAGCUUCCUCAAUAUGUUCCGCCGGAAGAAGCCUGGAUCUGGCACUGCCAAUUCUAAUGGCAAGUCUGUGUCAUGGUCUGAAUCAGGUGCAAGACACCCUCCGAGGGGGGGGAAUGUGUGGCACAGACUGUCUGUGCAUGUGAGGAAACAGGAAGCCGGCUUGAAUCAGACGGCGGUCAUCAGGCCCCUAACUAACACCCCCGACCCCCACAGUUGUGAGCCCUCCACCUGCGACCUUGGCACAGACCCCCAUCUCCCCCAAGAACCACGUGGCGCUAAGCCUUUGUACAACCUGGUGGAGGAGGACGAUGAGGGCGAUUCACAGCGCCCCCUCUGGACUCCAACUUGCUCUGGACAGAUGCAAGGGCUGAAGUCUGAUUUAGAUAAGCCGGCUUCUUAUUUGCCCUCUCACUUGAAGGGCUGCACCACAGAGCGUUUGCAGGGGGCUGUGGUGGACACACACAGCUCACAUGUCCCUGCAAUGAGUGACUACACCACCAGGGAGGCAAUCCCUACCAACGAGCCUUUGAGCUUGACACCCUCUCAGCUUCCUUUGGCCCCACAAGCGGGGUCGUUUGAAGAGGAGGGGUCCGAGGACGAGGACCUGGAUCUCUUACACAGCUACAUUUACGAUGCCAAGGAGGAGGAGGAGGGGGAGGGCGGGGAAGGCGAGGAUUUAACUCAGAACAAGCCAACUCUGGAGGAUUCCCUUGCUCUGUCACCCCCCUCCCCCUUCAGAGACUCUGUGUGUUCGGGAGAGUCUGUCAGCGGCUCCCCCGUCAUGGAGUCGAUGCUCGGUAGCCCUCCGACCUCAGUCUACACCUCAAACAUCCUCGGAGACUUCGCACACAGCUCCUCAACACUGUGAGAGCAAAACAGGCGCUGACACAGUUGCAGUCAGCCCACUUGUGCAUCACACAGAUGCAGACAUGAAUUUCCACAUACAGGUUCACGCACACACACGCACACACACAACAUAU